GUCAUUCAGCUCGCUCUUUUGAUUUUCCAGCCUGGAACUCAAGUUUCUUGCUUCUGGUUCACUCUCACCACAUUCACUGGACCCUACCUGCUGGCACACAAGCUUCAGACAGAUGUGAACACGUGGAUCUUGAGAGCAGGCAGUCCCCAAACACAAUUUAGACCAUAUGGUCUAAAUAAUUCUGUGACUAUACCGUGACAUUAUUUGGUUUGCCGGUCGCUCUGCACUUCUAUCUUGAUGACUCUCUUCAGCUGUGCAGAGCCAAGCCUCAGCACCGAUUAUAUUUCGGAGGCUAAAACGCAGACUGAUACCUGCCCUAAAAAACAAAAACAGAGAGCCUUGCGUUGUGUAGCUUGCACAUUCGCGCUCCGCCGUGCACUUUAGCACCACUGUCUCUUUCAACACAGCAGUGAACGCACCAUCCACAAUACGAUUUCCAGCGGUUAUUUCUGACACCCACUAACUUCCACGCGGGAGGUGACAGAGCUCAUCUCGGAGGUGCGAAACUGUUAUUGAGCAAAAAGCCAACCGCGCACGCACCGGCAGCGCAUGACGAGGCGCGCAGACGGGCAGCCACGCUCCGCCGGUCGCUUUAAAGCCGCAGGAUUUGGAUUAAAUAGCUGCGAGAGAACCGAUGAGGCUUGGAGGAGGAGGGAGGGAGGGAAGGAGGGAGGGAGCCGAGGGCUGAUUUUUAUCUUUUACCGGAUCGAGAAGGGGAGGAGGCUCGGAGAAUGAGUUAUUCUUGUAACAGAGCAGAGCCUAUUUGCUGUACGGCGUAUUAGCCAUCGCGUAACUAAAGGCUUCGACGCAAGUAAAUCGGCUCCUGCGGCGACGACACCGAGAACAUCAGAAAGCCUCAGUUCCUGCCAGGUCGCGCUCCGAACAACCCUCUCCUGCCGGACAUGAAAGUGCAGCAAGGCUGCAACUCAUCAGACAUGGGCAUCCCGGUUACAACCGAAGAAGAAUUGCGCAAACACACCGUAAUAACGCCCGAGGAUGUGCUCGGGCUACAGAAGAUCACCAAGAAUUACCUCUGCUCUCCAGAAGAAAACGUCCACAUGAUCGACUUCACCAGAUUUAAGAUCCGUGACAUGGAAACGGGGACUGUCCUCUUUGAGAUCACUAAACCUCCGACACCAGCUGGCGGUAAAAAGCAGUGUGACCCCAAUGCCGGCCGUUUUGUCCGAUACCAGUUCACCCCGGCUUUCCUACAGCUGCGGCAGGUUGGAGCCACAGUGGAGUUCACGGUUGGUGACACCCCCAUCAACAACUUCCGUAUGAUUGAGAGACACUACUUCCGCGAUCAGCUGCUAAAGAGUUUUGAUUUCGAGUUUGGCUUCUGCAUGCCCAGCAGCAAGAACACGUGCGAGCACAUUUACGAGUUCCCCACGCUGUCCGAGGAAACGAUGCGUGAGAUGAUCCUGCACCCUUACGAGACGCAGUCUGACAGCUUCUACUUUGUGGACAACAAGCUGGUGAUGCACAACAAGGCAGAUUAUUCCUACAGCGGAGGGCCGUAGGAAAGCCUCCAUCCUUCAACCCUCCACCCUUUCUCUCUUUCUCCUUCCCUGUUCUAGACAUUUUCGAUAAUCCAGUUAUCACUUCAGGACCAGAAACAGAUGAACUGAUGGACAAAUCACUGGCAUUAAAUACUCCUGUCUCCCUCCCUGUUAGCUCCAUGCAUUUCCAUUCAGGUACUGAGCUGCCCGGCCAAUCAGAUUUCUCCCUUUGCCUCUUUUUUUUUGCAGGAACACUGAAUUCUGCCAGUUUUAUCCUCAAUUUGUAUCAGCGUGCGUGAGUGAGUGUGUGGGCAGCAAACACAUGCAGUGUCUGUACAUAGUGUUGAUUUCCGUCUGUAUAUGUGGGUUCCAGUUUCUCAUCAGGAAAACCUUUUUUUUUUAAUUUUGUGCGUUUUGGAAGAGAAACCGAAGUCAAACAGACGAGGCAGAAACACAGAAUGAGACAAAGAAGGAAAUGAAAUUGCCCUAACAGCAGUAAGAAAAAAAAUUAGAUGUAUAUUUACAGUAUAUAGUUUGUAUAGGACUCUCGCUGUAUUUGUACUUCAGAGGUUCAGAGGAGUCUUUGUAGUGGCACACGCAUCUGAAUGAUUCGGUCCUCCUCCUGUGAUCUGCCAUCGUUCAGUUGAAUGACGGCACUGUGUACUCUGUCUUUGUGAAUGUGUCACUUGUUGUCAUAUAUUUUCACGUCCAUAGUACUACUACUACUGCUGUAGUGCGUGAGGAGUAUUUUUUAAAUAAAUAGCCACUUUGGAAAAGUGUCAGAGAGUGUUACACUAGCCCAAAGUCAGAUACCAAUUUUGAUAUCCGGUACGAUCUCUGUAGUACUGAGCACUGUGUAUACUUUAAUUACAAUAAAUGUUUUAAGCAAAAAAAAAAAAGUAUGUAAAAAAGUUUUGACAACCAAAAUUCCAUAACUGCAAUAAAUGUGGGAUUUUUGUGGGACCUUGA